UUUGCUCUGUCUCCCAUCUACAUGGGCUCCUCCUGAGCAGUCAAUUCUCUGUGGGCAGAGGUUAACCAAGGCUGAUGAAAUUUUAAAGCACCAAGCACAUCUUCUUCCCGGGAUGCUGUAGCCAGAAGCAUACAGUCAAUGCGGUCAUCUGAAAUUUUACCCUGGAUCCUACUCCGGCUUUUCCUGAGUCCUGGGUCUUCCUUUCGUCUGGACAUAUUCUACCGCAGCUAUUUAUUUAUUUUUGAACAAGAACAUCUCACGUCAUGGACCUCGUUGGACUGCUGAAGUCCCAGUUCCUGUGCCACCUGGUUUUCUGCUACGUGUUCAUCGCCUCGGGGCUCAUCAUCAACGCCACGCAGCUCUGCACGCUCGUCCUCUGGCCCAUCAACAAGCAGCUCUUCAGGAAGAUCAACUGCAGACUGUCCUACUGCGUCUCUAGCCAGCUGGUGAUGUUGCUGGAGUGGUGGUCGGGCACAGAGUGCACCAUCUACACGGACCCGAGGGCCUUCUCCAAGUAUGGCACGGAGAACGCCAUCGUCGUCCUCAACCACAAAUUUGAAAUCGACUUCCUCUGCGGCUGGAGCCUGGCGGAGCGCUUCGGGAUCUUAGGGAACUCCAAGGUCCUGGCCAAGAAAGAGCUGUCUUACGUCCCAAUCAUUGGCUGGAUGUGGUACUUCACGGAAAUGAUCUUCUGCACACGCAAGUGGGAGCAAGAUCGUGAGACAGUCGCCAGGAGUCUGCUGCACCUCCGGGAUUACCCCGAGAAGUAUCUUUUCCUGAUCCACUGCGAGGGCACACGGUUCACAGAGAAGAAACACCAGAUCAGCAUGCAGGUGGCCCAAGCCAAGGGGUUGCCCAGCCUCAAACACCACCUGCUGCCACGCACCAAGGGCUUCGCCAUCACCGUGAGGUGCUUGAGGGAUGUAGUCCCAGCUGUAUAUGACUGUACACUCAAUUUCAGAAAUAAUGAAAACCCAACACUGCUGGGAGUCCUAAAUGGAAAGAAAUAUCAUGCCGAUUGCUAUGUCAGGCGGAUUCCAAUGGAAGACAUCCCCGAAGACGAGGACAAGUGCUCGGCCUGGCUCCACAAGCUCUACCAGGAGAAGGAUGCUUUUCAGGAGGAGUACUACAGGACAGGUGUCUUCCCAGAGACCCCCCGGGUCCCCCCGCGGCGGCCCUGGGCCCUGCUCAACUGGCUGUUCUGGGCCUCGCUGCUGCUUUACCCUUUCUUCCAGUUCCUGGUCAGCAUGGUCAGCAGUGGCUCUUCUGUGACGCUGGCCACCUUCAUCCUCGUCUUCUGCAUGGCUUCCAUGGGAGUUCGAUGGAUGAUUGGUGUGACAGAAAUCGACAAGGGCUCUGCCUAUGGCAACAUCGACAACAAACAGAAGCAGAGUGACUAACUCAGGGAUGUGUCACCUCCAAAGGGAACCUUGGGGAACUGGUGGCCUCUGCACAGCCUUCUUAGUGGGACACGAUGAUGGAGGCUGGGUAGCCCCUGCCGGCACGAGCACACAUCAAGGCCUCCCCAGACACGGAGCUCAGUCUCGGAGGCAGAGGGGGAAGAUGAUGCUCUUAAAUCGUUUUUUCCCCGUGUGAUUUAGUGGGUUUGGUUUUCUUUUCACUCUCUAGCGCGCGCGCGCGCGCGCACGUGUGUGUGUGUAUGUGUGUGUGUGUGGUUUUGAGAGACAGGGAGGGAGAGAGUGGCUGUGCAGUUGCGUGUGGGCCUGCCUCUGUGACAAUGCAAAGGGUCUUGGAGGCUGCAGGGGGGAGCAGGGCUGGGGACAGAGGGGUGAGUCCCCCUGUCAUCCUCUGGUGCUGAGCUGAGUCUUCUGUAACCUUUGAUUGCCAGAGACAGUGAAAAGUGCUUUAGGUAAGAUGACUAAAUUAUGCCUCCAAAAAAAAAAAAAAAAA